GAAUUAACCCCACCACCAAAGUACCAUCGCAUCGUUGUUCUUUUCCCCCUUUGCCUCACUUUCUCUCUCUAAAAUCAAAACCAAAAAUUUCUCUCUCUAAACAUUUUCAUUCUCCCCUGCGCCAUGACCUCCCCCUCCGCUUCCUCUCGCAAGGCUUUGAGCAAGAUCGCUAGCAAUCGGCUGCAGAAGGAGCUCAUGGAGUGGCAAGUGAAUCCCCCCGCCGGUUUCAAGCACAAAGUUACCGAUAAUCUUCAAAGAUGGGUAAUUGAAGUCAACGGUGCGCCUGGUACUCUGUACGUCGGUGAAACUUACCAGCUUCAGGUUGAUUUCCCGGAGCAUUACCCUAUGGAGGCGCCUCAGGUUAUAUUUGUUCCUCCAGCUCCACACCAUCCGCACAUAUAUAGCAACGGCCAUAUUUGUUUAGAUAUUUUAUACGACUCGUGGUCACCAGCUAUGACUGUGAGUUCUAUUUGCAUCAGCAUUCUCUCUAUGCUAUCAAGCUCGACAGCAAAGCAACGCCCAGCUGACAAUGACCGCUAUGUAAAGAACUGCAAGAACGGUAGAUCCCCAAAGGAGACGAGAUGGUGGUUCCACGACGACAAGGUUUAAUAACUCCGAGAUAUUGAAAAAAAAUCUGUAACACCAUCUUACUUUAGAGCUGGAUGGGUAUUUUCGUCCCCGUAAAAGGCUAAAGGGGAGAGACCAAAAAAGAAAUAUUUGGAAAAAAAGAAAAAAAAAUUCAGUAUUUAUUUUGACCCCUGUGUAUGCUGAUGAGAGAAGUUUGGCUUCAAUGUUGAUAUGUUUAAACUGUAAACUGUAAGCACCUCUUUUUUUUCUUCUUUUUUUUUUUUUGUGCAUGUUGAAUCAAAUUGUGAAAAUAGUGGAUCUUUUUGUGUACGUUUGAUGUUGACAUGGGAUGAAUGAUGAAUAAGUAGCAUCUGUAGCUUCAAUCAAACUGCAAUCAAUCGUUAAUUUGUUCGGGU